UACUGGGAUUAUAGGUGUGAGUCACCACACCUGGGCAGCAUUUUGUUUUUGAGUAGUAAUUUAUUGCCAUUAUUUGAGCACAUGCUACAAUCCAGGCAUUUUGCUAAACCCUUACAUGACAUGCAGUGUCUCACCCAAUUUCAGUGUCUGCUUUUUUCCCUAACAUCUUAUUUCUAAGCACUAAAAGAGUUGUGCAAUUAAUACCCACAUAACCACACCUAGAUUCUGCAAGUCACAUUUCUGCCAUAUUUGCUUUAUCAUGUAUCAUGUAUUGCCACCCAUCAAUCUUUACUUUUUCUUGCAUUUCAAGGUAAAUUGCAGAUUUGUGUGUACUUUCCCAUAUGCAUUCCAUAUGCAUAUCAUUAACCAAAGUUUAGUAUUUGCUAUAAUUCUUGUACUUUUUAAAUGUUCAUAUGCGACAUUUCACCUAUUCGCAUUUGAGUGUUAAAUGUUUUAGUGCUAGUACCAGUUGCUUUUGAAAUGGAAAGCAGACUCCCAGUCAUAUUAUCCAGUGUAUCCUAAAAGGAAAUUACCACAAUAAAACAAGAUCUAAUCCUGUCUGCAGAGCCAUACUCGAGGUAGCUUUUUCUCUGUUCUGCAUGCGAAUGGUGCUAUAGUGUUUUGACAGAACCAUAGAGGGCUUGUCCUCAAACUUACGAGUGAAAACUGGUAUUGUACAAUAACAACGAAAUAACAAUGAUAGGUACCACUGCCACCUCCUUUUUUUUUUUUUUUUUAAUAUGCUCAGGUGUCAGUUCUACCUAUGCCGGUGGGGGUAGACAACCCUCCAUGAGGAGAUGGUGACUGUUCCCGUGGGUUCCUGGAUGUGUGGACACUAGUUGCUUACCGUGUUCCCUUGCUGCCUUCCUGUGUACUCGGCUUUUACUGCAAAGUAGAUUUGUUGCCUUGCCAAUUCGUUUACUCUUUAAAUCCUUUUAUCUUGUUAUUAGGCUGCUCUUUGGCGUAAAUUGCAAUCGAUUAGGGAUCGUUUCUCAGAAUCGAGUUAGAAGUGAGAGUUCAGAUAAGUGAGGCCGCCAUUGCUGCUUUGAACACCUCAGAAGGGGACAAUGGAUUUAUCAGGAGUGAAAAAGAAGAGCUUGCUAGGAGUCAAAGAAAAUAAUAAAAAGUCCAGCACUAGGGCUCCUUCUCCUACCAAACGCAAAGACCGCUCUGAUGAGAAGUCGAAGGAUCGCUCCAAAGAUAAAGGGGCUGCCAAGGAGUCCAGUGAGAAGGAUCGCGGCAGGGAUAAAACUCGAAAAAGGCGCAGCGCUUCCAGUGGUAGCAGCAGCACCAGGUCUCGCUCCAGCUCAACCUCCAGCUCAGGCUCCAGCACCAGCACUGGCUCAAGUAGUGGCUCCAGCUCCUCCUCGGCGUCGAGCCGCUCAGGAAGUUCCAGCACAUCGCGCAGCUCCAGCUCGAGCAGUUCCUCUGGCUCUCCAAGUCCUUCUCGACGCAGACACGACAACAGGCGGCGCUCCCGCUCCAAAUCCAAACCACCUAAAAGGGAUGAAAAGGAGAGGAAAAGGCGGAGCCCUUCCCCUAAACCCACCAAAGUGCACAUCGGGAGGCUCACCAGGAAUGUGACCAAGGAUCACAUCAUGGAGAUAUUUUCCACCUAUGGGAAAAUUAAAAUGAUUGACAUGCCCGUGGAAAGGAUGCAUCCCCAUCUAUCCAAAGGCUACGCAUAUGUGGAGUUUGAGAAUCCAGAUGAAGCUGAGAAGGCACUGAAGCACAUGGACGGAGGACAAAUCGAUGGCCAGGAGAUCACUGCCACUGCUGUGCUUGCCCCCUGGCCUAGGCCACCCCCCAGGCGAUUCAGCCCUCCCAGGAGAAUGCUGCCGCCACCUCCCAUGUGGCGCCGGUCUCCCCCACGGAUGAGGAGAAGGUCCCGCUCCCCGAGGCGCAGGUCCCCCGUGCGCCGGCGAUCGCGUUCCCCUGGCCGCCGCCGCCACAGGAGCCGCUCCAGCUCCAACUCCUCCCGAUAAGCAGGGCCACUGAAGCUCACGCCCCCUGUAACUUAUACCCCAUCCCGUCCCAUCCGGAUCAGUUUUGUCACUUUUCUAGCCAAAGGAGGAUCAGUAGGAAAGGAAAUUCCUCACUCAGGCAGGCUUGGAAGCCAGCUAUUGACAGCUCUGCAGGCCGGUUUCUAGCUGCAGAAGUGCUGUUGGUUUGGGGUUGUGCCUGAACCUUAGAGUCAGUUCAGUGGCAAAGCCACCAGGGACAAGCAAGGCUCCAGGUGGCAAUGUGGCCCAGCCUGGGAACACACUUUUCCUUUCCACAUGUGGCCUGGUCACAGCCUUGCUGGUACUGCGCAGCAUCCUUGGGGAAAGGGAGCUGCGCUUUUGCCCCAGCUGUGGCCUGGCCUUUUGCUUUCCUGCUUAGUUGUUUUCUGACCUUGUGGGUCUAACAGCCCAGAAGAGCCUCUCGCCCCAGGGCAGUUGCGGUAAAUGGUUGUCUGUUCAUGUACUCGUGCACAUGUCACACCUCGAAUCCCCCAUCCUUUGAAAUUGGUGAGCAGGUUGAGAGCCAGCAUUGCAGGGCUGGCACAGAGUCCCCACUGGGCCUGCCUUUCGUGGUGGUUUUGCAGGUUACCUUGGCAACGUGUACAUUGCUUCUUUUUGCUUGUAUUGUACAGUCAGUACUAUGAAAUUUGCUUUGAGUUUUGUAACUUUGUAGCAUUUUAGAUAACAUUGUGUUUGUACUUGUUGUGUAGAGUGAAGGAAUUGUGUUAAAUAAACCUAGGAUUAGAGUGCA